GUUAGAACAGGUGAAGGUAAAACUCUUAUUGUAGGACUAGCAGCUGCAUUUUUUGCUUUAUGUGGAGAUGCUGUUAAUAUUGUUUCGAGUAAUCGAGAUUUAGCAAUAGAGGGAGAGAAAAAAUGUCGUUCAUUUUUUCAAUUAUUAAAACUUGAAAGUGGUCAUAUUUGUAGUGAAGAUGAUGAUGUUAAUCAUCAAUCAUAUAGUCCUUAUUUUCGAUAUAUUUAUUAA